AUGGAGAUGAACUAUGAUGAGAAUACGCUCCACCAGUUGGAGGAGGAGCUUCAUACUCGCAUCUAUCCCGGCACCGAGAUUAUGAGCGAUGUUGGAUCUCAUCAUUUCGUCAAGUCAUCCGAUAAGUCUCAUCGAGUUCUGGUGCCUCAACCGUCGGCGGACAAGCAUGAUCCUCUUAAUUGGAACCGCUUCUGGAAGUUCUCCAGUGUCUCAAUGGUAAUUGUCGUGACUUUCGCCCAAGGAUUUGGUCCUUUGGCCCUUGCACCCAUGUUUCCGAAUCUGAUCGAAGCGUUCGACACGGAUCUCGCAGGAGCCGUCCAGUUCACGGGUGUUUGUAUCCUCGUCCUGGGUUUCAGCAAUUUCCUCUGGGUGCCCAUCCAAACGGCUUUUGGUCGUCGACCUGUCCUUAUUUUUUCCACCCUGAUCUGCCUCGUUUCAAACAUCUGGAGAGCCGUGGCCAAGGAUUAUCGCAGCUUCAUGGGAGCUUGCAUCCUAAACGGCAUAGGUGCCGGACCAGCAGAGACUUCUGCACCCACAGUCAUUGCCGAUGUGUUGUUUCUUCACGAACGAGGCGCAUACAAUACUCUUUAUUUUACUGUCUAUUUCGGCAGCCUAAUGGUUGGACCGAUCAUCUCAGGCUCGAUGGCGCAAUACUCUACAUGGCAGAACUUUUGGUGGCUAAACGUGGCCCUUCACUCAGCUGUCCUCAUCGCGCUAUUUUUCCUCUUUCCAGAAACCAAAUGGCAUCGCCAACACCCGAAGGAAAUGAUGGCGCAGCAGCAGAAGCAAGACUCUUUCGACGAGAAGAUAACCUCUGAAGCCGUCGAAGAUCCAGAGAAGAAUGGCGUGACCGUGGAACCCACUAUUGUUGAUUUGACAGCCGCCGCAACGGCUGAACGCGACCCAUACCUCCACAGAGGGACACCGUCCAAGAAACAGUUUAUGCUGUGGCAAAAUAACGCCCAUCCAUUCCAGGCCAUCCUCUUGGAUCUUUGGAUUCCCUGGAAACUUCAUCUCUACCCUAUUAUCGAAUUCUCCGCGUUUGUCGUGUCUUGGUCAGCGUCAUCAUUCUUGACAAUCAACUUGACACAGUCUCAAAACUUUGCCGCGCCUCCGUACAACUUCUCACCACAGAGCGUCGGAUAUACAAACUUUGCCAUCCUUGUCGGGGCAUUGAUAGGCCUGCUUACCAACGGGCCGCUUAGCGACUGGAUUGCAGCAAAGGCGACGAAGAGAAACAGGGGCAUUCGAGAGCCCGAGAUGAGAUUGCCAGCUAUGAUCCCUUACGUGAUUGUCAUGCUCAUCAACAACUUUGUCGUGGCCUUUGGAUAUGAAUACAAGUGGGAUUGGCGAGUAAGCUUAGUGUUCAGCCUCGACCUUGAUGUCAGGGCGGCUAAUUCUCUCCAGAUUAUUGUCAUAAUUGGCUACACAUGUGCUGGCAUUCAAGUUGCCGCCAUCCCUGCCAUCGCCUCGACCUACAGCGUCGACUCCUACAAACCGGUUGCAGGUUCCAUCUUCGUCGCCAUCACAGUCAACAAGAAUGUCUGGGGAUACGGCUUGGGCAAGUUUAUCACGCCAUGGAUCAUCCGCGAUGGAUACCUCCCCCCGAUCAUGUUGAAUAUGUCUCUGAUCUUCUUGUGGUGCUCUUUUGGGAUCUUGUUUUACUUCUACGGGAAGACUUUCAGGAAGUGGACUAGGAACAGUUCGGUCCACAACAUGUGA